AUUGAAUUGUGCUUUUUAUUCUAAUUAACUGAUUGCCUCUAACUUCACCACAAUGCCUGCAUCUGUAACUGUGAUGCCUGACUCUUUUUUGUACUUUGCAUUUGGCUCUAAUCUCCUCACUGAGAGAAUCCACAUUAACAACCCAUCAGCCACAUUUGUGGAUGUUGCUCGUCUAGAUGGAUAUAAACUGGAAUUCAAUCACUUUUGCAAGCGAUGGAAGGGAGCGUCAGCAACUGUGAACCCAAUCAACUUUGACAAAUCUGAUGCCAGAAAUGAGACUGAAGGUUUGGCUGGAAGAAAUGACUCUGCAAUGGACCAUGUUUGGGGCGUCUUGUGGAGACUCAAUCAAAGUGACAUGCCACAUCUGGAUGAACAAGAAGGUGUUCAGCUGGACAGCGCUGGCGAGCAUGUGGGUGUGUACAAGCCGCUGCUAGUGGACGUGCUGCUCAGGUCUACAGGAGAGACCGUACAAGCCCGCGCUUAUCGGAUCAUCCGACCCCUUGAGCGUGACCGGCGGCCAUCCAAAGUUUACCUCGACGUCAUCUGCAGGGGGGCUGAGGAACACGAUCUCCCGCAGGUUGGGCUGGGAAUUUAUGCAGAGUGGAGCUAGGAAUUUUUCUGCAUGUGUAAAUU